AACCUUGUGUAAGCAAUGCGUUUUUUUUUGUCUGUCUUCCUUAUACCAAAGGUGGAUAGCAGAGCUGAGUCAAUUGACAAGAAAAUUAGCAGACUUGAAGCAGAGCUGGUGAAAUAUAAAGAUCAAAUGAAGAAAAUGCGGGAGGGCCCCGCAAAGAAUAUGGUUAAACAGAAGGCUUUGAGAGUGUUAAAGCAGAAGCGAAUGUAUGAACAACAGCGGGAUAAUCUGUCACAGCAGUCUUUUAAUAUGGAACAAGCCAAUUACACCAUACAGUCACUGAAGGACACAAAGACAACGGUUGAUGCUAUGAAACUUGGGGUGAAAGAAAUGAAAAAGGCUUACAAGCAAGUCAAAAUUGACCAAAUUGAGGACAUACAAGACCAAUUGGAGGACAUGAUGGAAGAAGCCGGUGAAAUCCAGGAAGCUCUGAGUCGUAGUUAUGGAACACCAGAGAUUGAUGAAGAUGAUUUGGAGGCAGAACUGGAUGCCUUAGGUGAUGAACUUUUAGUUGAUGAAGACAGCUCCUAUUUAGAUGAGGCUGCAUCUGCUCCAGCAAUUCCAGAAGGCACUCCUACAGACGCAAAAAACAAGGAUGGUAUAUUGGUGGAUGAAUUUGGACUGCCACAGAUCCCUGCUACAUAAACAUGCAUUUCUAGAGCACAUUGGAAAUGGCAGGUUACUACUUAUAAAUCAGAUUAGCAAAACACUUUUUUAAAUCCUGGAAAACUUGCCUUUUCAGUAUAAUAUUAAUAUCACUACAUCUUAAAAUGCAGUACGAAUGGCUCAUGGUGUUUCUCUUCCUCGAAGAAAGUUGAUAUACUACUGACUUGUAUAUUGAAGGAGAACAUUUGGCACAAUUACUUCAGCAGAUGGAUUCAGUUUGCUAGGUUUUGAUUCCCUUAUCUUUUAUGGAAGAAGUAAUACAUGAACAGUAGUGGUGGCUGUUAAUAGUUGAGCUUUCUUUUGAUUUGUAAUAUUUGUUUUCUGAAAAAAAACUAAGGCUAUGUGACUGCUUACCUUCUGUAAGAUAGCUUCCUUCUUACUGUACUGAUUUGAUAACAAAUGGAUGCUUUUUUAAAAACAUUUCAGUUCAGAAACUUUCUUGAUAAUGUAUUUGUAACUCUUAAUUACAGCUGUAAUAAACACAUAUAAAGGUUAUCUUUAACCUUAUGACAUAAGCUAUGCUAUGGUAUACACUUUUAUCCUUUCGUGUGGUGUUUUUAGUGGUAGUUUUAACCUGUCCCUUGUCUCCAUUAGUGCCAUUCAACAUUUGAGCAUGGGCCCUCCCUUAACAUGCUUGGUCUAAAACUUGAAAUUGGUCAUGAUCAUCUUCUCUAGCCUUUCAUGUAUUUCCCUCUUAGAUUUACAAAAUAACAUUUCUGUAAGACCAUUGCUAGUGCUGUGCUUUUCUUCUUGUCACUAGUCAGGGCAUUACUGCUUUCUCUCUGACCACCAUUGCUCUGUAGAUUUUCUAUGACCGUUUUUUUGCUGGACAAGAUCACCAUCUCCCUUCUUUUGGACCCAUUGGCCAGAAGAGUGAGAAUACUCCCAAACUUGGGUCUCUUCUACUGAAGAUUGUAUUGCCAGAUCUUGUAGCAGACUCUUUCAGAACUGUCUGUGGCCCAAAUCGUUUUCCAUUUUUAUCAGGAAUGAAGUGUACAAAUGUUGUACAGAAACUGAAAGUUAUUUAUGAUUAAUAAAGAUAUUUUUCCAAUACAUUUUUAGAAUACAUCCCUCCUUAAUUGUAAUCAGCAGUAUGGUUAGAAGAAGAAAGCAUAUUCAUAUGUAAUCAAAAAUACAAAAUAAUUUACUUGUAAUUUUAGUUCUUGCUAGUACGUUUUUCUUCAGCUUAAGAAGCUAGAUGUUGUUAAUAAAAAGUCCUAGAACUGUUAGCUGGUUGCAAACAGAGAGGCCUCAAUUAGUAGACUUGUUCGUUGGAGAAAUGUUGCCUGGAAAAUAGUUUACACAUGUGGUGCUUUCUUCCCAUAAAAGAAACUGACGGCAAAGAAAAGAAUUAGUUGCAGUACACAUACCGUUCCUAAAUCUAAGUGGUGAUGAACAUAGCUAAGUAACCAGUAUAAAGCAUAACUUAAAACUGUAAAAUGUAAAAUUUCCAAGAUAAUAAUGAUGGAAACUGGCUUUUAGAUGAAAUUAUUUUGGACAUGUAUACAGCAUUUUAUGUAAAUCAUCUUUUAUUAAUUUAAUUUACAGGAAUUUAAAUAAAACAUUGUAUUACA